AUGACGUCUUCUACUCAAGAGCCUGAGAAUAAAGUCGAGCAACCUAAAAAGUCAAAUAGACAUUCUAAUAGUCGAGCAGCAAAAAAAUCAACCCCCAAAUCAGCAAUUUUGAAAUCGAAAGCUUAGUUUGCAUUUUUCAUAUCAGUUAUCAUCAUAGUAUUGAUUCUUGUGCCCUUUACGACAGAGACAUAUAAGUAUGUUCAGGAUUUUAAAAGGAAGAAACCAGAGGGAUAUGAGUGGCCCUCAAUUUAAGAUUUUUGGUUCACUGCUGUAGCAGCUUGUGUAUUUUGGUCCUUGGAGCAAGCAUUUUAGUACGCUCUGUAUCCAUGGUACUUGUAGCACUGCAAGGAGCAGAACGAUCUUGAGAUCAGAGAUCAGAGAACUCGCAAAGCAGUCACUAAUAUAUACAAAUGCUGUUAUUAUACGGCCUCUAGCUUCUUUGGUUGGUAUGCUCUGAAGGAUUCCUACAUCCUUCCUCCUGCUUUGGGAGGUAAGGGAAGCCUUGACUUACUAUUCACAGAUUUUCCAUACAUAACUCCUCCUCCUUUGUAUAACUUCUAUUUCACUGGAACAAUGGGGUAUCACAUUGGUUCUUUGUUACAUCAUCUCUUCUCUCAUAAGAAGUCAAAUGAUUACUUAGAAAUGAUGUUCCACCACCUUAUAACCUUUUACCUCUAUGCUUUCAGCUAUAUGUCCAAUACACUUAUCGGUGCCGUUAUAGCUUAUAUUCAUGACAUAGGCGAUAUUGGAGUUACUUGGACUAGAUCAUGGUCUGAGUCUAAUUACAAAUUGACAACAGCUAUCUCUUUUGUCUUUACUUUAGUUGCUUGGUUCUACACUCGAUUAACCAUGCUGCCGUGGUGCAUUUAUGUAGCGACAAUCAAACUAGAGGUGUACACUAUUAGCCCAUACAUCCAGCCAAUCUUCGGUUUCCUCUUAACUUGCUUAUUUGUCCUACAUAUCUAUUGGUUCAUUCUCUGCCUUAGGAUCCUCCUUAACUUUAUUGACAAAGGAGAGGCAGAAGACCUCCAAAAUAGAAGCGGCAAAAAGUCAGAGUAUGAGAAGUCGAAUGAAUUGGCUAAAAACUAAGGUAAUAAAGGGGAGGGCAAAUAAAGUAAGGUAGAAUGA